CCAGCGACGCGUCGCUCGUGUGUUCCGGUGUCCCGCGUUUGAUGCGUAUUGUAGCGGGUAUUUAAUCGUUCCGACGCUGUUCGUUGUUGGCGGUUGACCUAGACGAAGCGUGACCCCCGACCCUCGGGCAUAUACGCUCCAUUCAACUAACCGUCACGUUUCCUGCCAUGGACCGCACUGACUACGAUACAGCGUUCAGCUGCCCGGUCUGCCUGGGCCCGAGUCAGAGCAUGGUGUUCGGCCUGUGCCAGCACUUCGUGUGUUCGUCAUGCCUGUACGACCGCGUUGAGCAUGACUUGAAUCCUGCGCUUCGCUGUUGUCCCAUCUGCAAAGCCAAGAACGUCUUUCCGGAGUAUCGCCCUGACAUUCCGGACGCCAAUAAAAAGCUCCUGAACAUAGCCGGCGUUGUCAAGUGCCCUCGGAAACGGUGCGGAGAAGAAAUGUGGACUUGGGAUGCCAAGGAGCACGAAAAGUCUUGUCGUGGCCUCUCGAGGCGGACAACGGGACGAUGCUCCGGCUCCCCAGGAAAGGCCAGCACCAGCCGGAAAUCGGGCACCCGCCAGAGCAAGCGUAGGAGGAGCAAGAGCACAGCCUCUGUCAGGGACUAAAGCACUUGGCACAGCACUGCGCCUGCCUUACUUAAUUUUUUUUACAUAUUGGUUCUUCUGCAGAAGUGUACCUGGAAAAGGAGCCAGGAGCUCUUCUCUGCAUUUUUACAGAAUACUCGUAUUUUAUUUUAUAUAUUU